AUGCCCGAAUCAUCAGAACUACCUGUAGACCCUGAACCACCGGCCAAUGCUUUCGUGCGCAAUCAUCGGUCGCCGACUCCCCCGGAAGCUCUGGAGCUCCAGGAGAUUCAAACGCGCGAAGAUGAUGAGCAAUUGAAUUACUCCUCGGCAUCGGCCUCCUCGGGCGAGGAAUACCGAGUCACCACCCGCACAGCAUCACGGUCAAGUGUCCGUCGCCCUCGUCCGAAGCGCAAAGGUGCUUGGAAGAAAGUUUGCAGUUUCUGGACUCAUAAUGUCACUCUGACGGUGCCUCAGAAGAGCAACCGCGACCACCUGGCCCUCGAAAGAACAUUCCUUGCAUACAUCCGCACUUCUGUGGUCAUCGCCAUGCAAGGAGUUCUAAUUGCGCAGCUCUUUCGCCUACAACGACCCACCAAUCCCCAACCUAAUCGCCUGAGGUUUCAUGAAGUCGGCAUCCCACUCGCCGUGACCUGUCACUGUGUGGCUGUCAUCGUAGCUUUGAUCGGAGCGUAUCGAUUCUGGCGACAGCAAAGUGCGAUUUCUUUAGGAAAAGUGCACGCUGGAGGAUGGGAGCUUAAUUGGGUGGGGAUUCUACUCGGUCUGCUAAUAUCGGUGAUUCUUAUUAUAUCUGUUGUGAUCCUCAUCCAGAUCGAUCUACAACCACACACACUGAUUCAACGAAUCUUUUGA